UCGACGCGGACCGUAGCGUCCUCCUGGGCGUGGUCUGCACGUUCUGCCCUCUCAACCUACUCCUUCACUGCCCGAGAUUCCUGAGGGGCCGACGAGUGGUUGUGGCGGCCGCAGCUUCCCGAGCUCGGGCAAUAAGUUCAUGCUUCGAGCUGGUGGUGCUGGCGGUCCCCGCGCCGGCCGCCAGGCUUAUCGGGUUUGUGGUGCUAGUCUCGCGGGCCUCGGGCCGGGCUCUGAGGAGAAUGGAUCCUUCUUUGGAUACAUGGGACUUCUCUUCACCUUUAAUAUCAUUAUGGAUAAACAGGUUUUAUAUAUAUUUAAGCUUUGCCUUUGGCAUUAGCCUUUGGAUUUGUUUCCAGAUUGUCAUCAGGAAGCAGGACAAGAAGUCAAAGGAGAAAACUGUUCCAAAAGCAACUCAGAAUUUGAUGACAAAUGGUUAUAUCUCUCUUCAAAAUAAGGAAUUUGUGUCUGGAGUGAAGAUUUUCUAUGGAACCCAGACUGGUACAGCAAAGGGAUUUGCAACAAUUCUUGCUGAAGCAGUUUCCUACCUCGAUCUGUCUGUGGAAAUUAUUAAUCUGAAAGAAUAUGAUCCAGAUGAUCAUCUAGUAGAAGAGGUUACUGGUAAAAAUGUUUGUGCUUUCCUCAUUGCUACAUAUACUGAUGGUCGACCAACUGAGAGUGCAGAGUGGUUCUGCAAAUGGUUAAAGGAAGCAGCCAGUGAUUUUCGGUUUGGCAAAACUUACCUGAAGGGUAUGAGAUAUGUGGUGUUUGGCCUGGGAAAUUCUACCUAUGGGAGACACUUCAAUAAGGUUGGCAGAAAUGUUGAUAAGUGGCUUUGGAUGCUCGGUGCUCAUCGUGUAAUGACUCGAGGGGAGGGUGACAGUGAUGUGGUUAAGAGCAAACAUGGUAGCAUUGAAGCUGACUUUGGAUUUUGGAAGACCAAGUUUAUCUCCUGGCUACAGGUGCUUCGGGAAGGAGAGAAAAAAUCCUGUAGUGGCAACUGUAAGAAGGGCAAAUGCAAAUCUAAUCAGCAUGGCUCAGAGGAAAUGGAGCCAGGGUCUCACACGCGAGAGGGAUCACAUCAGAGGGACAGGAAGGAGGAAGAACCCUUUGAGAGCACCAGUGAGGAAGAGUCUGGAACUGAGGACCAUCAGAGUUCAAGUUCUGUCAUCGAUGUUGAGGACCUUGGCAAAAUCAUGAACUGUGCAAAGAAAGAAAAGAGAGAAAAGGAGCAGCAGGAAGAGGAAACUAGUUUGUUCAGGAACACAGUGAAGAAUGAAGCCAGUGAAAGAAGAGCUAUGAUAACUCCUGCUCUCCGAGAAGCCCUUAUUAAGCAAGGUUAUCAUUUGAUUGGGAGCCACUCUGGGGUGAAGCUUUGCAGGUGGACAAAGUCAAUGCUCCGAGGGAGAGGAGGUUGUUAUAAACAUACAUUCUAUGGUAUCGAAAGCCAUCGUUGCAUGGAAACUACCCCGAGCUUGGCAUGUGCAAAUAAAUGUGUCUUCUGUUGGCGGCACCACACCAAUCCAGUGGGCACUGAAUGGCGGUGGAAGAUGGACCAGCCUGAAAUGAUCUUAAAAGGAGCCAUUGAAAACCAUCAGAACAUGAUCAAGCAGUUUAAAGGAGUACCAGGUGUCAAAGAAGAACGCUUUGAAGAAGGAAUGAUGGUAAAGCACUGUGCAUUGUCCCUCGUGGGAGAACCCAUAAUGUACCCAGAAAUCAACAGGUUUUUGAAGUUACUCCACGAGUGUAAAAUUUCCAGUUUCUUGGUCACAAAUGCACAAUUCCCUGUGGAAAUCAGGAACCUCAAACCAGUUACCCAGCUAUAUGUUAGUGUGGAUGCUAGCACCAAAGACAGCCUCAAGAAAAUCGACCGCCCACUCUUCAAAGAUUUCUGGCAAAGAUUCCUCGACAGUUUAAAAGCUUUGGCAGCAAAGCAACAGCGUACUGUCUACAGGCUGACUCUAGUGAAAGCGUGGAAUGUGGAUGAGCUCCAGGCCUAUGCUGAGCUGGUGUUCCUGGGGAGUCCUGACUUCAUUGAAGUCAAGGGUGUUACCUAUUGUGGAGAGAGUUCAGCAAGCAGUCUUACCAUGGCCAACAUGCCCUGGCAUGAGGAAGUGGUACAUUUUGUCCGUGAGCUGGUGGAUCUGAUCCCUGACUAUGAAAUUGCUUGUGAGCAUGAGCAUUCCAAUUGCCUCCUGAUAGCUCACAAAAAGUUUAAGAUUGAUAGCGAAUGGUGGACAUGGAUCGAUUAUAACCGCUUCCAGGAGCUCAUCCAAGAAUAUGAAGACAGUAGUGGAUCAAAAACUUUCAGUGCAAAGGAUUAUAUGGCCAAAACUCCUCACUGGGCAUUAUUUGGUGCCAAUGAAAGAGGCUUUGAUCCCAAGGACACAAGAUAUCAGAGAAAAAACAAAUCAAAGGAUAUUUCUUGAUGUUGAAAUUAUGUGUAGGAUACUGAAGGACAAAAAUUAAUGGCCCUAGAAGGUUCUCAGAGUGCACUGUGAUUUUUCCAAGGACAAAUUAUCCAAGUUAUAUUUCAUACAGAGGAGACUACAAAGCUGGCAUGUGGGUUGGGAGACAGCAUCCACACUUUGAGUGUCUGGGACUCACCCUCAGCAUUUCUUUCCAUAACUCAGUCCCUUUCCUGAUUUUAAUUCUGAGAGGAAAAUUGUUUUGGGGAAAGUACACAGCCAUUAUCAAAAUUUAACCAACAAUUUAAAUUACAAUUAGUAAGACUCUCUAGAAUGCUAUUCAUGAGAGUGCUGUAAGGAAUGAAUGUCUGAUUCACUUCCCCCUGUGGGCUGUUGGCUUUUUGGAUUGUACUUCUCUGAGGUAAGUGUAUCUGCUCUCUCUGAGGUCGCCAUCCCUUUUUUGUGAAUCUUAUGAUAACACCUUCUGAAAGUUAUUUGUCAUAAUUCUCAAUUAUUUUAAAUACUGCAUAGGUUACUUUAAAGUUUUGCUUAGUACUGAUGCUUUAUGAAAUUGAAUUGGAUCUAAACAUACUAGAUCUCAUUCUGUUCUCAUACAGACUACCAUAGAAGGAAAUAUAUGGGCUGGAUUAGAGUAAAACCUCUGUUCUAUAAGAGAAAGUACCCUGUGAUGUCACUGAGUAAUUAAUCUCACAGACUUUGAACCUGAGGACAAUUUGCUUUCAUUUUGAAAAGUCAGAGUUUAAGCCCCAUCACCAUACAGAAAAGGUCACCACCUUUUUUCACUCUUGUAGCCUGAGUUACUUAAUGCAAUCUGUUCUUUAAAGUUUGUUAUUUUUUUGGUAAUUGAAAACAUUAUUAAAUACUCAGUAGUGUUCUUAAA